AUGCCGAGCUGUCCCGGCUCCAUCCCCGCUCCUGCCGCGGGCUGCGAGGGCUCCGGGAACGGGGCAGCCAGGGUGUCGCUGCUGCUGGGGGAGGAGGAGGAGGGAAGAGGAGGGAUGAAGGAGGAGGACAAGGAGGUGGAAUUAGAGAGGAGGAGGCGCGGAAUGAGGGAUGAAGGCGGAGAGAGAGCAGCGAUGGAGGAGGGAGAAGGAGGUGUGGUUAGGGAGGAGGAGGAGGAGAAGGGAAGGAAAGGGAGGGAAGGAACAGAAGAAGAGGGAGAUGUAAGAGGAGGAAGGGAGGAAGAGGAAGAGGAGGGACAAAGGCGGGUCAAGCCCCCACCUGUGGGAUCAUCGCCCCCCAUCGCGCAGCGCACGCACACAGAGGAGAGGCCCUUCCACUGCCCCGACUGCGGGCAGGGCUUCAGGCAGAACGCCCAUCUUGUCGUUCACCGACGCAUCCACACUGGGGAACGGCCCUACGAGUGUGAUCAGUGCAGGAAGAGGUUUCAGACCAGCUCCCAUCUCCUCCUGCACCAGCGCACGCACACAGAGGAGAGGCCCUUCCACUGCCCCGACUGCGGGCAGGGCUUCAG